AGGGUCUGUUAAAGCUUCCAGCAUUUCCACUGUCAACACUUAGCUCGAGCGCUGCUGUGCAGAGCAACGACGAUGUCGGAGCAGGAGUCUCUGAGGUGCUCAAAUGCCAGAAACCGUGGAGGCGUACAGAGGGUCGAAGGAAAACUGCGAGCCAGUGUAGAAAAAGGGGAUUACUAUGAAGCACACCAGAUGUACAGGACUUUAUUUUUUAGGUACAUGUCACAGGCGAAACAUGCUGAGGCCAGGGAGCUGAUGUACAAUGGCGCUCUACUCUUCUUCAGCUAUAACCAGCAAAACAGUGCAGCGGACCUGUCCAUGCUGGUACUGGAGGUGUUUGAAAAAUCUGAGACUAAAGUUGAUGAUGAAGUAUUAGAAUGCCUGGCUAAGUUGUUCAGCCGGAUGGACCCAAACUCUCCAGAGAGAGUAGCGUUUGUGUCCAGAGCUUUGAAAUGGUCCACAGGAGGGCCCGGCAAGUUGGGUCACCCAAAACUACACCAGCUGCUAGCUGUCACCUUGUGGAAAGAGCAAAACUACAGUGAGUCUCGUUACCACUUCCUGCAUUCAUCUGACGGGGAGGGCUGUGCACAGAUGCUGGUAGAGUAUUCGGCGUCACGGGGCUACCGCACCGAGAUUGACAUGUUUGUGGCGCAGGCCGUCCUACAGUUCCUAUGCUUAAAGAACAAAAACAGCGCUUCCGUGGUGUUCAGCACAUACACAGAGAAACACCCGUCCAUAGAGAAGGGCCCUCCCUUCGUCCAGCCUCUACUAAACUUUAUCUGGUUUCUGCUGCUGGCAGUGGAUGGGGGUAAAUUAACAGUUUUCACAGUGUUAUGUGAGCAAUAUCAACCUUCCCUGAAGAGGGACCCCAUGUAUAAUGAGUAUCUCGACAGAAUAGGACAGGUUUUCUUCGGCGUUCCGCCCAAACAGUCCCCAUCAUACGGUGGACUGCUAGGGAACCUGCUGAACAGCCUGAUGGGUUCGGGCGAGGAGGAUGACGGCGCUGAAGAAGCCCAGGAGGACAGCAGCCCCAUAGAGCUGGACUGAGCCUGCCCCGGGACAAAGAACAAGCGAACACACACACACACACACACACACACACACACACACACACAGGUCAUACACCCACACACACACACACACACACACACACACACACACACACACACAAAGAGGAGGAUGGCGUCGCCUCCCUCCUUCACCUCCACACCAAGGGCAAGGCGCCGGUCCAUGUUCCCAGAGGCGUGCGGUUUCCAAAAACCUCUCCCACCCAUCCAGUCUUAAAAUCCGAGAAUCAGAAAGUAUCAGGCCGCCCACACAUCCCUCUCAGCACUGCCGGGACUGACUGCGCCCAAACUGCAAACUCCUCCCUUGUUGAAUUGUUGUAAAAUUAUUAUAUAAUUUUAACCAUUUUUGUUAGUUUAAGACUCUUGCUCUCUGUUUAGGGUGUAUGAAUUUUAAACCAGAGAUAACAAACUGCCCUCUCCCUGUGAUAACUUGCUCCCAAGCGAUGGGAAUGGCCGGAGUCUCCCAGAGGAGAGGAUAGCAUCACAAGUGAAACCUCUCUUCAUAAUGUUGGUAAUGACGUCAGCAUAAGAGGGUUUAGUCAACUCACUACAUUUACUCAACUGCUUUGUUUGCCCAAACAGCCAAACAGAGCUCGAUCAGAGCCAUUGCAUUGCGGCUGUUGGCGCUUUUCAGCAGCUUUCUCCGUUAAAACUUCUUCUUCUUUCAAUAGUAAGUUAAAUUGAACACGUAGUCAAAGCCAUCUGUCAGUUUCUUGUCUCUUUGUCCUUUAGCAUUAUGGACAAAAAGACAACAAAGCUCUUUAUAAGUUAUUAUCGGAGGUCAUUAAGCACGUGGAAUAUCAACCAAACAAACCUUUUGUCCCCCACGGAUUAUGGUGGGGGCUGUAACUUUGAUUCUAGUGAAUGACUGCAAACAUACAGCUGUCUGUAUACAAAUAUCUCCUCUCCACUUUUUACCGUGCACUCGCUGAACUGCUGCUGUUUGCAUCUCCAAAGAGAAAUUGUUUGGAAAAAUUGCAAUUUGGACUUUUUUUUUUUUUUGUCGAACACACAUUUUCUUUUUUACAGUUACCAAUUCAUAAAAACAAAUUCUAGCAAUAAGAUGUUUAAAGCUUUUGUUUUACUGGUUGCUGGCUCUGGGUGCCUGUCUACGUGUUGCUGUGAAAAAUAAAAAGUCAAAGUUGGGGUUACCUUC